AGUGCAGCGCUGGAGUUUUACAGCAGAAACCGGGUUGUAUGUGCGCACGUCAAGAAUAGCAUCGUCUCAAAUUUCAGCAAAUCAUCUCAAUCAAAAAUGCCCGAAUGCCGCCUGUCAAGAGACUUCUUCCUAUGGUCAAUUUGUGUUAUUUAUCUAUUUGCUUUCGGAUCACUUUAUGUUCAAAUUCCUGGUCUUUACGGUCAAAAUGGAAUAUUACCUGCUCGUUUGGUGGUUAAAGAACCUGCAAAAACAAUAUCUGAGUUAUUUCAUGACCAACCUACUUUAGUAAGAGUUUUAAUGGGCGUCGGAUUUAGCGUCGAAACAGCAAUGGACGCUGGAUAUUUUGCUGUUAGAGACGGGCUUUCUAUGCAUCUUCAUAUCCCCUUUCUCUCUAAGACUACGCAGUCCAAAUUAAUGUUUGCAAGCGGAGUUGUAAAAUUAACGAGUAGAUGUCCUACUUGGUGGUCCUUGACUGCUCUCGAUUAUCACUUUGAAUCUCAAUGUAUACCAACUCCAAUAGCUUGGAAUUUUCAUCAUUUGCCACAAUGGUUCAACAAGUUUAGCGUCGCUCUGGUUUACGUUAUUGAAAUAGCUAUACCCUUCCUCUUCUUCUCACCGAGAAAACAGCACCAAAUUUUCUCUGCUGCUUUACAGAUAAUCCUGCAAAUGAUAAUAAUGAUCACUGGAAACUACAAUUUUUUUAACCUGCUCACUAUUUGUCUUUGUAUACCUCUAUUCACAGAAUCUUUUAUCGAUACGAUCACUUGUAAUCUUUUGCCGCUUAAGCGAUCUUACUUGGAAGAUGAUGAAUUAGAGUACAAACGAAGAAAUUUUUCGCUUCUCUUUCGAAGAUUUUUAGCCUUUCUUUCUGAUAUAUUGGUCUUUGGAGGUUUGGCAUACUGGACUACUGUCGCUUUCAAUUUAAAAAUAAUUGUUAAACCGACGUUCAAUAUCGAAAGUUCUGUUAAUUUCGAUUUAAAUGGUUUGUUUAGGUUCCUUCGCCUAAUCACACCAAUCUCUCUAUGGCUUGGUGGCCUUUCUUUAGGAUGGACUAUAUUAGGAGCAUUUAUCGAAAGUUUCAAAAUGAAAACUUUUUGUAGGAAAUUUACGUCAGUUAGCUGUGUUGCCUUUUUUUCAAUUCUAGCAUCGGGCCUAUUUAGUGUAUCGCUAGUUGAACACACUAUUAUUGAUCGCACUUCUCAAAAUAAUCUAUGGAAUGUUGUUAGAGAUUGGCAUACGGCCACAAGAAAGUUUCAAAUUGUUAAUUCAUACGGUCUAUUUAGAACUAUGACUGGAGUUGGUGGUAGACCAGAAGUUAUUUUGGAAGGUGCACCAAAAAGAGAUGGUCCUUGGUUCGAAUAUAAUUUUCAAUACAAACCCGGCAAUCUUACAAAAUCUCCCCCCUGGGUAGCUCCCCACCAGCCACGUCUCGAUUGGCAAAUGUGGUUCGCCGCUCUUGGUGUCUAUGAACACAAUGCUUGGCUCUUGAAUCUCGUCUAUCGAUUGUUAACUAACGAGCCAACUGUCGUACAAUUAUUAGAUGUCGAUCCCAUACCUAAAUACAGAGAACAAUAUGGUGAUUCAACGCCUCGUUACAUCAGAGCACUACUAUACAAUUAUCAUUAUUCUGAUAAGAAUGAACGAGUUUAUUGGUGGAGUCGAACUCUCAAGCAAAUUUACCUACCCGUAGUCGGUCUUGAUGAUAAAGGCUUUAUGCAAUACUUAACAGAGGCUCAAAUAAUCAAGACUGACGGCUCAAAGGAGAAAUAUAUAAAUACGAAUCCAAUAGCCAAAUUUGUCUCCUCCCUUAGGGAACUCUUUGGUCAACCAGAUGGCUUUAUAACACUUAUUACUUUAUUUAUUGUAGUAAUUAUUGUGAACGUAAUAAGAAAUAGACGAUGCAACUAG